GGAUUCAACUAUAUUCUACAUUGCACAUCCCCAAUCCAGUUUUCUUUGCCCCCGAUGGAUAUUUCUUCUUUCCCACUCUUCUUCUUCUUCUUCUCUGUUGUUUGUUUCCUCCAAGUUCACGGACAGCUUCCGCUGCCUAUUACGGAGCAGCCUAUAACUGAUCACUCUGCCGCCAUUCACCAUCACGAAGUCUAUAUCGUUCAUGUUCGAAAAACAACUGCCAAAAAAUUCCAUCUUUUCAAACAAAGAAAGGACUGGUACAAGUCGUUCCUCCCUAACGACACCCUCUUCUCCGGCGAGCCACGCCUGGUGUACGCUUAUCGCCAAGUGAUCACUGGAUUUGCGGCAUGGCUUACUCAAGGCGAGUUAAAAGCCAUGGAAUCCAUGGAUGGGUUUCUCUUAGCCAACCAAAAUUUUCCUCUCCAUCACCGCACAACAUACACACCCGAAUUCCUCGGACUCGAUAGAUCGCAAGGCAUGUGGUAUGAGACUGCUUAUGGGCAAGGCCAAAUUAUCGGAGUCAUUGAUAGUGGGGUGAAACCGACACACCCUUCUUUCAGCGGCCAUGCUAUGCCGCCGGCUCCUACCAAAUGGAAUGGCACUUGCUUUUGGGGCAAACCAAUCUGCAACAACAAACUCAUAGGCGCAGAGGGCUCAAGGCGUGCCUCACCAAUCGACACUGAAGGUCAUGGCUCCCACUGCGCAGGCGUCGCGGCCGGCAACUUUGUUGAUGGCGCCAACGUCCACGGGGAAGCUCAUGGCACUGCCUCUGGCAUUGCACCGAAAGCCCACCUCGCUGUCUACAAGAAUGCAGGAUCGGCCGAUUUGCUUAAAUCUAUUGAAGAUGCCAUGCGUGGUCAUGUUGACGUGCUGUCCAUAUCCCAAGGUGAUAGCCCGGACUUCUACACCAGCGGUAUUGUAAAAGGUGCAUUUGCCGCAGUUACCAAAAAUAUCGUCACUGUUGUGGCGGCGCCCAACUCAGGCCCAACUGAAAGCAGCAUGCAGACCGAUGCCCCAUGGAUGAUAACCGUUGGCGCUGCCUCCACUGACAGAAGAAUUAUGACCAUUGUAAAGCUUGGUGAUGAACGAGAGUUCCUUGGUGAAUCUGCCUAUCAACCAAGUGAUUAUGACUCGCCACUAUUGCCGCUGAUAUAUUGUUUUGGAUGCUUUAGGGAGAACCUUAUUGAUAACGAUGUGAUUGGAAAGAUAGUUCUUUGUACAAACAUAGGUAACAAUACAAGAUCUGGUGAAAAUGUCAAGGAAGCAGGAGGAGCAGGCAUGAUUAUACUAGGUGACUGGGGAAACACCACAUUUGCUCAGCCUCACGUCCUCCCCGCCUCAUUUGUUACCUAUUAUGCAGGACGACAGAUAAAAGAUUAUUCCUCUACUCCUAAUGCGACUGCAGCAAUUAUCUUCAAAGGUACACAGUUCAAAGUUCAACCCACACCAGCGGUCGCCGCCUUCUCAGGUCGAGGCCCUAGCAUUUGGAAUGGAGGUAUCAUUAAACCAGACGUAAUAGCGCCAGGUGUCAACAUCCUUGCAGCGUGGCCAUAUGACAUCGGCUUAAACCAAAGUGGCACAAACUUAGUAUUCAGUUUUCAAAGUGGCUGCUCUAUGGCUACCCCUCAUGUGGCUGGUCUUGCAGCUCUGCUCAAGAACAACCAUCCUACAUGGUCUGCUGCAGCAAUUAGUUCAGCAAUCAUGACUACAGCUUACGUUACUGAUCAGGAAGGUAAACCAAUUUCAGAUCAGUUUGAUGGAAAACAAGCCAGUAUCUUUGCUAGAGGAUCAGGUCAUAUCGACCCAGAGGCAGCGAAUAAUCCAGGCCUCAUAUAUGAUAUUCAACCCCAUGACUACAUUCGAUACCUUUGUGGUUCUGGGUUGUUUGAUGAUAAGCAAGUAAGCGCCAUAGUUCAGGGAAACAUAACAUGCUCUACUAUUCGUAGCAUUAAAGUUGAAGAACUGAACUAUCCUUCCAUAGCAGUGACUAUUAGUGUUGGCGUUGAACCAAAAAUUGUGAGUAGAACAGUGACGAAUGUCGGAGAUGCUGGCACUAUGUACACUGUGGAGGUUGAAGAGCCCAAGGGUGUGAAUAUAGAUGUUUCACCUACAGUUCUUAAAUUCGACGAAGUAGGG